CGCACAGACAGCCGGUGCGGAGACAGAGAGAGAGAGAAAGAGAGAGAGAGAGAGAGCUGCUAUUAGUUGUGAUAGAAAGCGGCGUCAAGCACAUACCGUCUGAGGAGCAGCUGCUGCGACAAGAUGCUGAGCGUCGCCGUGCUGUUUGUGUGCGCCGUCGCCUUUGGGCACGUCUCCGCUCGCUCGGACAGCGGCAAUUUUCUGGAUGAUAAGUGGCUCACCGGAAGAUGGGAUAAAUUCAGAGAUGAAGUUGAGGAGCCUGGAACAUGGACUCCAUCCAAGCCCUUCGAUCAAGCUCUUGAUCCAGCCAAAGACCCCUGCCUGAAGAUCAAAUGCAGUCGUCACAAGGUGUGUGUAGCUGAGGAUUACAAGACUGCCUCAUGUGUCAGCCAGAGGAGAGUUAGUUUUAAAGAUGCCAAUUUGCAACCGAGUGCUGGGUCGAAGUGCAAGCCGUGUCCUGUGGUUCACCCCUCGCCUGUUUGUGGAAGUGAUGGCCACACCUACUCCACUAAGUGUAAGCUAGACUACCAGGCAUGCAUCACCGGAAAGAAGAUUUCCGUAAAGUGCCCUGGCAUGUGUCCUUGUCCCCCUCAACCUGAGCAGGGCUCUGCAGAGAAGAAAGUGUGCAGUGAAUCAGAUCUGAAGGAGGUGGUGAGUCGCCUGAGAGAUUGGUUCAGAGUGCUGCACGAGAACGGAAACCACCAGAGAGUCAAGAUCCAAAAACCGGAGAAGCACAAGUUUGACGUUGGGACGUCACCAAUCUGCAAGGACCCUCUGGGUUGGAUGUUCUCCCGACUGGACACAAACUUUGACCUCCAGCUUGACCAGUCAGAGAUCAAGAGCCUGUAUCUGGACAGGAACGAGCCGUGCUCCGACGCGUUCUUCAGGUCAUCUGAUACGCAUCCUGACAAAGUCAUAACCAGCUCUGAGUGGUGCACGGGCUUCCAGAGGUAUACAGAUUCCCCAUGUAAAGCAGAGCUUUCCAGCAUCAGCAAAAAACAAGCUGGGAAGAAGUUACUUGGUCAGUAUCUGCCUUCCUGUGACGAGGAGGGUUACUACAGGCCACACCAAUGUCACAGCAGCAGUGGCCAGUGUUGGUGUGUGGAUCGCUUUGGCAACGAAGUGGCGAGCUCACGCACUCACGGUCCUGCAGACUGUGGUGUAAUUCUGGAGUCUUCGGGGGACCUGGGCAGCGGUGACUCUCUCUUCCCCGACGAUGACGAAGAUUCAUUCGUCCUUAACGACCAGGCAGGUAUGGACGACGAGGAUGAUGAAGAUGAGGACGAUGACGAUGAUGAAAACGAUGAAUAUUUGUCAUAAUUAUAUACAUUAUAUAAAAUGACAGAAAAAAGAAAAUGAAAUAACUGUAUGUUUGGUCAAAUUGCACGUUUCUAGGUGAAUCCUCCCCCCAGGCAGAUAAUUCAUCAUACUAACAGCCUACAGACUAUUCUCUGUGUAUUGUUUCUCUAUCAGUUGAAGGAAAGAAAAAAAAUCUAUAUUUUGGAAAAAGGUUUCAGAUUUUUCCCUCCUGUUUAACUAGAAAGUAUACGUGUACACUUGUAUUUCAACCAAGCAGAGAAUAUAACUAUCUGACAAACCGGUCCAUUCGUUUGGAUUUGGUCACUUGUGCAAAGACCUUUCCUUUCAGUGGACAGUCCAUGUCUUUCAGUGUCUCGUGUCCUUGUGGAACACUCCGAUGCCUGAGUGUGUUGAUGCCUGAAGGCAUAUUGUUAAAGAGAUUUCCUUUUUCCCCUCAUUCCUCCAUCUUCUUCACUUCAUCCGUCCACUCUUUUUAUCCUUAUCAAAUGUUCCCGUGUAUAGGUGGGACGUUGAUGAUGUAGAUAAGAGAAUAUUGCACUUGUUAGGUUUCUUUUGAUCUCGAUUUUUUUAAACUGUGACGAUAACUUUGUGGUAAAAACAAGAUAAGGGUUAGACAUGCUGCCGCAGAUGAAUUAACGUAUACAACAAAACAAUCAUAACAAAAAAACAAUCAGAAAUAUGAGCUGCUGUCAGACGCAGAUCUAGUCAAAUCAUCACAGGCUCAGAAAGGAUAAAAAAAAAAAAAACACUGUUUGGCCUCAUGUUUUUUUUUUUUCUUUUGCUGCAGAAGGGAAUUAUUGUUAUCUAUUUUUCUAAUCCGUCGUAGGCCGAAUACUGGAGAUGAAACAGAUUUGUCUCAGCAUGUCUAAUACUGCGUAAUGUUGUUUCCGUCUGUAGAGGCAAAGGCCAAACCUUUGAGGAACUCAAAAUGAAAAAGAACAAGAAAAAAAAGAAAAGAGCUUGCAGUUGUAAUAAAAACAAGGUCUUAAGUGUGUACAGAUGAAAGCUCCUUAGAGUUCAGAAAAUAUGAUGUUGAUGUUUUUAUAUUUGCAGAUGCGUGAUUUUAGCACACAGCAUAGCAGAUUCAAUUUCUUGCACAUUAAAGAAAGUAACAGAGCCAUGCACAUUUGUUGGACAAUAAAUGGUGGAUAUAAAAAGUGUACACAUCUCUGUUAGAAUGCUGGUUUUAGUGAUGUAAAAAAAGGACUACAGUAAGUCAUUGACUUUCAUAUGUUAUGACUAUUCUGUAUAAUUCAACUAAUAAACGGGAAAAUCUGUUUUGAGGAAAAUGUGAUAAAAAAAACAGCUGUAUUAAUCUUCACAAUCUGGAACUAAUAUUUUACGAAAAGAACUUUUAAUGCAGCUACAGUGUUUAGUCUUCUUUGACAGGAUUCCUUCAACAUGCCACAGCUUGACAUUAUUUGCCCAGAGUUUUCUUCUGGACAACUCAAAGGGAUUCUGCCAUUCUCAAUUGUGGACUCCUGCUAGAUUAUUCAAUUUUGUUGUAGUUGGACGUGUAUUAAAGCUCCUUUUCAUCUUUGGCUUCUAGUAUUUCGGAUCUUUAUCCACCUUUAUCAUGAUGCUGCCACCACCGUGUUUCAUUAUGGGUGUUGAGUGUUGUUUUUAUGCUAAAAUUAACUUUUGAAAUUGUGGCUAAAAUUUAUGUUGGAUGUCACAUGAUCAAAUAUUCUUCCACAAGGAUUUGGUCAAAUGAGUCAGUUUAUAACUUUCUUUAUGGGAAGAAAAGGCUUCUAUCAUGUAACCCUACUACUACUGAUUUCAAUAGACAGAGAACACAGGUGAAUCUUUUCAAAUGCAGAAAGCAACCUGUACUUGCCAAUAACUUGUGCAGCUCUUCAGGAUUGCUGUCAGCGCGUUUAGAGCCUCACUGACCCGUUUUAGUUUUGUCUUUUCAUCAAAUUUGGAGAAAAUCCUCAUAGAACACCUAAACUUUGUUACAGACAAAUCUGAUUCACUAUAACUGAUGGAAAGGACAACCUAAAGAAGACUGGAAAUCAAAAAGGUGCUUUAACGUUAAAUUAACACUGUGCAUACCUAUGCAAUUGAGUUAAUGUAGCCCUUUUAAAUUUUUACAUUUUAUCCUCUCACGAGUUUGCUUGUUUUUCAGUUGAAAUGCACAGGAGUGCGAUAAUAAAGGUGGAAAAUGUUUUUAAAAGAUUUCGCGUGGUCCAGUUUUGCCACAUUAGAGACACCUGGCAUAUUACCAGUGGUGUGUUGACUUUUGAGAUCCACCAUGAUGGGCUGUGGGGGUUUAGCUGUAAGGUGUGCCUUUUUGCUGGUAAAGACAUGUGAUGGGUGGGCAGGAUCACUGACGGCUUUACUCUAAAGCCUGUACAUUACAGUACGUUGACUUAGAUCUGCCAUGUGUUUGGGGUUCUCAUUUAAGAUGGCGUUACUAUGGCUUACAUCACUCUUUUAAUUUGUCAGAUAGUUAAAAUGCAGAGAGAUACCUUCCAGUUAGGGCAUAUAAACACUGCUGGAUAUAAAAUGUUUUAUAUAGAAUAUACACUGGCUAGAGGAAGCUUUGGUUUAGACAGCUUUAUACAAGAAGAAGAUAGUCAGCGUUUGCUUUUCCAUUGUUUCAGUAGCUUAAUCUGAUCUGCUGUAUCUAUCUAUUUAUAGGGUAACUCUUCCAGGGUAAAAUAAAAAUCUCUCAGCUCAGAUGUGUGUGUUAUUAAGUCAGACCUGAGAUCAGCUAAUGCUAACUUAUAAUAAUUACUCUACUAUUUGGCUUCAUUCUUUAUUUUUCUAAACUGUUAAGAUCUGAAAAGUGCCAUCUAAGUGUCCCUUUUUCUGUUUUUUUUUGUUAUUUUAAAUUUCCUUCCAGUGUUUGUAAUUCUGAUUUUAAAUUCACUUAGAAACUGGACAACAUUGCAGUCUUGACACGUUUUAUGACUGUGAUAACAUGCAAAUCUUUUGAAGACCUCGGACACUGUAGCCACUCUUUCACCAACCCCACACUGUCAUCACAGCUCUUAUAGCGUUAGGUUAUGAUACAGAUGCAUUUUUUACAGUGUAUGUAUAAUUUGCUGAAAUAAAAGCUGUAUUGGCCAACGUC